UUGGCAGAUGAUUGUGAUGAGCCUCUGGUGCCUGCCUUGUCUCAGGCAUCAUUCAGCAGUUCAUCCGAGCUCUCUAGCAGCCAUGGUCCUGGAUUCGCAAGGCUAAAUCGAAGAGAUGGCGCUGGUGGCUGGUCUCCACUUGUGUCAAACAAAUACCAGUGGCUGCAGGUUGACCUUGGAGAGAGAAUGGAGAUCACUGCUGUGGCCACCCAAGGCGGGUAUGGGAGCUCCAACUGGGUGACCAGCUACCUCCUGAUGUUCAGCGAUAGUGGCAGGAACUGGAAACAGUAUCGACAGGAGGACAGCAUCUGGGGUUUUUCAGGAAAUGCGAACGCAGACAGCGUGGUGUACUAUAGACUCCAGCCUUCCAUCAAAGCCAGGUUCCUGCGCUUCAUCCCUUUGGAGUGGAACCCCAAGGGCAGAAUCGGAAUGCGAAUCGAGGUGUUCGGAUGUGCAUACAAAUCAGAGGUGCUUGAUCUUGAUGGAAAAAGCUCCCUUCUCUACAGAUUUGAUAAAAAAUCCCUGAGCCCGAUAAAGGAUACUGUUUCUUUGCAAUUUAAAACCGUGGAGAGUGAUGGGAUUCUACUCCACAGGGAAGGGCAAAAUGGAGAUCACAUCACACUGGAAUUAAGAAGAGGAAAACUCUUUUUGCUUAUUAACUCAGGUGACACUAAACUGCCCUCUACUCACACCCUGAUUAAUCUCACCCUGGGCAGCUUGCUGGACGAUCAGCAUUGGCACUCGGUGCUCAUCCAGCGGUUGGGCAAACAAGUCAACUUCACAGUGGAUGAGCAUCGGCAGCGUUUCCACGCCCAAGGAGAAUUCACUUACCUGGAUCUUGACUAUGAGAUCAGCUUUGGAGGGAUUCCAGCACCUGGAAAAUCAGUGUCAUUCCUCCAUAAAAAUUUUCAUGGGUGUUUAGAAAAUCUCUAUUAUAAUGGAGUGGAUAUCAUUGAUUUAGCCAAGCAACAAAACCCACAGAUCAUCACAAUGGGCAAUGUGUCAUUUUCUUGUUCACAACCACAGUCUGUGCCUGUGACUUUUCUCAGCCCCAGGAGUUACUUAGCACUGCCAGGAUCUCCCGGGGAGGACGAGAUUUCUGCUGCUUUUCAAUUUCGAACCUGGAAUAAGGCAGGGCUUCUGCUAUUCACUGAACUUCAACUGGUUUCCGGGGGUCUCCUGCUCUUUCUUAAUGAUGGAAAACUGAAGCUGAGUCUCCACCAGUCGGGAAAACUACCCAGUGACAUCACAGCAGGUGUUGGAUUAAAUGAUGGGCAGUGGCAUUUCAUCUCCUUAUCUGCCCAAAGGAAUCACCUGAGUGUGGCAGUGGAUGGCCAGGUGGCCUCUGCUUCUUUCUCCCUGGGGCCUGAGCAGAUUUAUUCAGGUGGCAACUAUUAUUUUGGAGGUUGUCCUGACAACAGCUUUGGAUCCAAAUGUAAAAAUCCCCUUGGUGGAUUUCAGGGCUGUAUGAGACUCAUUUCUGUCAGUGACAAGCUGGUAGACCUGAUUUCAGUUCAGCAGGGGUCUCUGGGGAACUUCAGUGACCUUCAGAUAGACUCAUGUGGAAUCACAGACCGGUGUUUGCCCAACUUCUGUGAACACGGAGGUGAAUGCUCCCAGUCCUGGAACACCUUUCAUUGCAACUGUGCUCACACUGGUUACAAAGGAGCUACUUGCCACAACUCUAUCUAUGAGCAGUCAUGUGAAGCCUAUAAGCAUAGAGGAAAUACUUCAGGGUUUUACUAUAUAGACUCAGAUGGAAGUGGUCCCUUAGAACCAUUUCUUCUAUAUUGCAAUAUGACUGAAACUGCGUGGACCAUCAUACAGCACAAUGGCUCUGACUUAACCAGAGUGAGAAACACUAAUCCGGAGAACCCACAUGCAGGGUUUUUCGAGUAUGUAGCCAGCUUGGAGCAACUGCAGGCCACAAUUCACCGGGCGGAGCACUGCGAACAGGAGCUGACCUACUAUUGCAAGAAGUCGCGGCUCGUAAAUAAGCAAGACGGAAGCCCUCUGAGCUGGUGGGUUGGAAGAACCAAUGAAACACAAACAUAUUGGGGCGGUUCUUUGCCUGAUCCUCAAAAAUGUGCUUGUGGACGAGAGGGGAACUGCAUUGAUUCUCAAUAUUACUGCAACUGCGAUGCUGACCGGAAUGAAUGGACCAAUGACACUGGAUUCCUUUCUUAUAAAGAACAUCUGCCCGUCACCAAGAUAGUGAUUACGGACACAGGCCGGCCGCAUUCAGAAGCAGCUUAUAAACUGGGACCUCUACUCUGCCAGGGAGACAGGUCAUUUUGGAAUUCUGCCUCCUUCAAUACUGAGGCUUCAUACCUUCAUUUUCCUACUUUCCAUGGAGAACUUAGUGCAGAUGUGUCUUUCUUUUUUAAGACCACAGCUUCAUCUGGGGUCUUUUUAGAAAACCUGGGGAUUACCGAUUUCAUACGGAUAGAGCUACGCUCUCCGGCACUAGUGACUUUUUCAUUUGAUGUGGGGAAUGGGCCUUUUGAAAUCUCAGUGCAGUCACCCACUCACUUCAAUGACAACCAGUGGCACCACGUUAGAGUUGAAAGGAAUAUGAAAGAGGCGUCUAUCCAAGUGGAUCACCUCUUACCAAAGAUACAGCCUGCUCCAGCUGAUGGGCAUGUCCUUUUGCAGCUUAACAGUCAACUCUUUGUGGGUGGAACGGCCACCAGACAGAGAGGCUUUCUGGGAUGCAUUCGGUCUCUGCAGUUGAACGGGCUGGCUGUGGACCUGGAGGAGAGAGCCAAGGUGACUCCCGGAGUUGAGCCGGGUUGUAGAGGGCAUUGCAGCAGCUACGGAAAGUUGUGUCUCAAUGGAGGGAAAUGCAGAGAAAAGCCCCGUGGGUUCUCUUGUGACUGCACCUUCUCUGCAUACACAGGGCCCUUCUGUUCAAAAGAGAUUUCUGCAUAUUUUGGACCUGGCUCAUCCGUGAUUUACAAUUUUCAAGAAAAUUAUUCCUUAAGUAAAAACUCCAGCUCCCACGCUGCUUCCUUUCAUGGUGAUAUGAAGCUGAGCAGAGAAAUGAUCAAAUUUAGCUUCCGAACAACACGAACACCAAGCUUACUGCUUUAUGUGAGCUCCUUUUAUAAGGAAUACCUUUCAGUUACCAUUGCCAAAAAUGGAAGUUUGCAGAUCAGGUACAAGUUAAAUAGAUAUCAAGAACCUGAUGUUGUUACCUUUGAUUUCAAAAACAUGGCUGAUGGGCAACUUCACCACAUAAUGAUUAACAGAGAAGAAGAAGUGGUCUUUGUAGAGAUUGACGAGAAUGCAAGAAGACAAGUCCACCUGUCAUCAGGUACAGAAUUCAGUGCAGUCAAGUCUCUUGUACUGGGCAGAAUUUUAGAGCCUAGUGAUAUUGACCAGGAGACCGCGUUGGCUGGUGCGCAGGGCUUCCUGGGCUGCCUCUCUGCAGUGCAGCUCAGCCAUGUGGCCCCUCUGAAGGCCGCUCUGCACCCCAACCGCCCAGCCCUUGUCACAGUCUCGGGACACGUGACGGAGUCCAGCUGUGUGGCCCAGGCUGGCACUGAUGCCACAUCCAGGGAAAGGACACACUCCUUUGCAGAUCAUUCUGGAACAAGAGAUGACAGAGAACCCCGAGCUAAUGCAAUCAAAAGUGACUCUGCAGUAAUUGGAGGUUUGAUAGCUGUUGUGGUCUUUAUCUUGCUGUGUAUCACUGCCAUAGCUGUCCGCAUUUAUCAGCAGAAAAGGUUAUACAAAAGAAAUGAGGCAAAAAGGUCAGAGAAUGUAGACAGUGCUGAGGCUGUUUUGAAAAGUGAGCUUAAUAUACAAAAUGCAGUCAGUGAAAAUCAGAAAGAAUACUUCUUCUGAUUGGUAGCUGUGGUUUAACUUACAAUUACAACAGUGUGUUUUAAUAGCCAGGGGCUCUCAAUGGACAGAAAACAAAACAAAAAAAGAUUUUCUUACAUUGAAUGUACCGGCAAUGGAUUUGCAGCACUGCCAUCUUGUCAUAACCAGACAUGAAUGAGAUGGCUCCAGGAGGCCUCAUCCAGGGAAACAUUUCCCACGGCAGUCAUUCCUUAUAACAAGGAAUUCAAUAUUGCUGUUAAUUUUCAACUGUUCUGAUGUGAUCUCACGCAGAAGUUGAACUCACAUGAUGGCUGCGGUUUUUUUAAAACUGAAGCCCUGGUCUCUCAGCAUAAGAUUUGUUAGAGGUAAAUAUCAAAAUUGGACUAUAAUGACCUUGCUUUAUUUGAGAACAUAUGCUGUGUUUGCUUUAGUGUUCCCAUGGUGUUAUUCAUAGACCUGGAAAUGCUUCUAAGAUCCUGUUUGGCUGGUGUUUGCAUCUUCCGUGGCCAAAAGCAUUUAAACAAACCCCUUUGCCUUUCUCUGUAUUACAUUCAAUACAAUUUAUCAAUAGUCUUGAAAGAUGUUUCCUUGUCAUUGGUUUGUUUGUAUUGCUCUUUUUCUAUUUGACUGUUCUUAAUGAUUUUUAAUGUGUUAGGUUUUUGAGUGUCAGAAUUCAGCUGUGAACAUAGAAUUCAUAUGUAACAAGACUCAGAAAGUGCAUUGGUCGUCAGUGUGUGAUGUCUGGCCUUUUAAAAUUUUUCUAUUUAGUUUGCUAUCAUGGUUUGGUAGUGGCGGUAGUUAAGACCCUGGGUAAUGCCAGUGUCCUAAGGAUUGUGAAAUGUUUGCAACUAAACUUGUUGAUAUAAAAACACA